AGGCUUUAAUAUAUUGUGUAAUAAUGUCCUCUCAGUGUUCUGCUCAUGACACUGAUGGAUUAACGUCUUGAAAAUCCCUCUGAUCUUACUCUUAGGCUUGAGAGCUUCUGGACACUAUGCCAGUUGAAGAGGUCUUCUGUGUUUCCACAGAGAAUGAUUCAAAGACAGGGCCAGAUAGUCCCUUCCUUUUGGAAGAGUGUGAGAAAGAGAAGGAGCCCUGGAAGUCAGUGUUGAAAAGGAAGGUGGUGAAAAAGUGUUCAUGCAGUACAAUUCGAGCCAAAGCCCUGCUUGUAGAUUCCCUCCCAAUUCUGAAAUGGCUGCCACGCUAUCACUUCAAAGACUGGAUCAUUGGGGAUGCCAUGUCAGGUCUUAUUGUGGGCAUCCUGUUGGUACCCCAGUCCAUCGCUUAUUCUUUACUGGCAGAACAAGACCCUAUUUAUGGGCUCUAUACCUCCUUCUUUGCCAGCAUUAUCUACACCCUGCUUGGCACCUCCAGGCAUAUCUCAGUGGGAAUGUUUGGAGUAUUAUGUCUGCUGGUGGGGCAGGUGGUGGACAGGGAGCUUUCUCUGGCUGGAUACCCCUCAGACUCCAAUCAGACCACUCUGGGGAGUGUUGACAAUAGCACUGGUCUGAUCUGUGACCGAAGCUGCUAUGCAAUCAUGGUGGGAGCAACACUAACUUUCACAGCAGGGGUCUACCAGGUGUUGAUGGGUCUUCUACAGGUUGGAUUUGUCUCAGUCUUCCUCUCUGACUCUCUGUUAAGUGGUUUCGCUACUGGCGCCUCUCUUACCAUCCUCACAUCACAAAUCAAGUACUUUCUGGGGCUUCACCUUCCUCGUGUCCAAGGCUGGGGCUCACUCAUAAAAACCUGGAUCAAUCUGCUGAAGAAUCUGGGCCAUACCAACAUAUGUGACCUCAUGACCAGUAUUCUCUGCUUGCUUGUGCUUGUACCCACCAAGGAGCUUAAUGAACAUCUCAAGACAAAGCUCAAGGCCCCUAUUCCCUUUGAGCUCUUUGUGGUCAUUGCUGCUACUCUGGCUUCCCACUUUGGCCAUUUCAAUGAAAAAUAUGGCUCAGAUGUAGCUGGGGACAUUCCAACAGGCUUCAUGCCACCGCAACUACCAAACUGGUCUCUCAUACCCAAUAUCGCCAUUGACGCCUUCUCAAUAGCCAUUGUUGGUUUUGCCAUUACUGUGUCUUUAUCUGAGAUGUUUGCUAAGAAGCAUGGUUACAUGGUGGACCCUAACCAGGAGAUGUAUGCCCUUGGGUUUUGCAAUAUCAUUCCAGCCUUCUUCCAUUGUUUCACGACCAGUGCCGCCUUGACCAAGACUCUUGUGAAGGAGUCAACUGGUUGCCAGACUCAGCUCUCCGGUUUGGUGACUGCUCUAGUGCUGCUGCUUGUCCUGCUUGUUAUUGCCCCUCUAUUUUACUCAUUGCAGAAAUGUGUACUGGCCAUCAUAAUUGUCGUCAACCUCCGUGGUGCACUGCGUAAGUUUGGAGACGUUCCCAAAAUGUGGCGUGUAAACCGCGUGGACACUAUGAUCUGGCUGGUAACGAUGGGUACCUCAGCACUCGUGAACACGGAGCUAGGCUUGCUCAUUGGAGUUCUGGUGUCUGCAUUCUGUGUGCUAGGCCGAACCCAGUGUGUCCAGGUCCUCCAGCUAGGUCAAGCAGGGGAUCGCGAGAUCUUUGAGGACAUUGCAUCAUACAAGGGCCUUCAGACCCAUCCAGGGGUAGUCAUUUUCCGCUAUGAGGCUCCAAUCUACUAUGCCAACCAAGCUCAAUUCAAAAAGUCACUGUACCGCAAUGUGGGCCUGGAUCCACUCAAAGAGAAGACCAGGUGCAAGAAACUGGAGAAGCAGAAGCAGCAACAUGGUGGAGAAGAAAAGAAGCAAGAGAUGGAAGUGUCCACCAAUGUGUUUCUGCUACAGCAUACCACCCUCCAUACGCUGGUCAUUGACUGCAGUCCAACGCUGUUUCUGGACACUGCAGGAGUCAAUGCUUUGAAAGAGGUAUGCAACGACUGCAAAGAGUUGGGAGUGCAUGUACUUUUGGCGCAAUGCAGCACCUCUGUCAUCGAUUCCUUGCGGAGGGGAGGUUACUAUGACCCAAAGAUUGGUAGAAUAGAAAUACAGUUUCAUACUGUUUGUGAUGCUGUCUCUUAUGCCCAAACCUUGAUGUCACAGAAUGGUAAUUGAGACACUGUGUAAUGCUCUGCAUUGCAUGUAUUGCAAUUAAUGCAGUUGUCUCUUCUGACAUUAUACAGAGAUUUAUUUGUGCAAAUGAAUUCACAAAUUUACAUUUAAAUGAUUUUAUGUAUAUAUUGCAGUACUUUAAAAACUAGAAGUUUAUCUGUCACUUUUCAAGCCCUUGUGUAUCUCAGGACUUUUCUACAGUCUUGAGGGUCAGCAUAAACUUUAAAAGCACAAAAAGUGUACUAGUCUUAAAAUGUGUAUUAUGUAAAAUGCAUUAUGUAGCAAAGACAUAAUGCCGCACAGUUAGCUUAAUUUGAAUUAAUAAUUCAAGUGCUUAAUUGCUUUUAUACAUGAAAUGGUAUAUUUACUCUUUAUGACCUCCUUCUACUCUAGUUUGUUACUCAUAUUCAGACAAAAUUAUGUUAUAUAAUCUAAUUUGUGACAUUUACCCAACUUUAUGGGUAGCUAUGCAUGUUGAAAUUACUAUAAAGUCUGGAUACCCAGCGAUUGUACUCGGCUGAGUAAAAGUUGAAGUCUUUCACCCAGUCACCAGAUGUUUACCUCAGUUGCAGAAGCACCGGAAAGUGUGACAUUGUGCCUUGUCACUAUGACUUUGCUACCAUGGAGUAGCAUUUGAAAAUGUGCAGCCUUCGUUUCUUAAAGGAACAGAUCACCCCAAAAUGAAAAUUCUGUCUAUUGAGGACUGAGACUGUCAGUCCCUAAUAUUCUGCUUAAAAUCUCACUUUGUGUUUCACUGGAGAAAGAAAUCAGAUUGGAAACAGCAAGAGGGAGAGUAAAUAGUGACAGAAUUUAAUUUUUUUAGUCAGUUAUCUUUUUAAAUAAAGGCUUUUCUCAAGGGGCCAAAUAAGAUGUUUGGUCAGGAUUUUGACUUUGUAGAGAGGAUUUUAGUUAUUAGGGGGCCAAGCAGUGAAGCUGCUGGAACCCUAUUGUAACUACUGAUUUUCUUAUUUUCCUUCUUUUUUUUUUUUCUGCCCUAAAAGUGUCUGGGCAUCUGAGACCAUAAGUCAUGGAGACACCAAACUUGGCAGGAUGAUCCCAAAUCCCCCUCACUAAUCAGGCGCACAAUUGCCACCCAUCUGACCCUAGGUGGCACUAUAAUAAACACUUUAACGUUUUGGUUCAUAUCUCAGCAACCGUAAGGGCUAGAAUAAAAAUGUUUUCCUCUUAUUCCUUGAGUCAAGCCCUGCAAAAUUCAGAACUCUGAUUUUAUUUCCGUCUAUAAUUUUUCCCGCCAUUUAGAAUUUUUUGAAAAACCUACUUUUUAGAACUCCUCCUAGACCGUUAGUCCGAUCGGCAUGCAAUUUGGUAUACAUCACCUACAUGACAAAAGUUAUACAAUUCCGCCUGUAGGGGGCGCUACAACUAAAAAACGGUCAUAACUUUGCAGCCCUUUGAGCGACAAAGUUCAUAUUAAAUAUGCAUUAUCUUUGGUUCAAAUGCUAGAAUAUUCAAAAAAAAAUGUAUUCGACAAAUUAACAAAAAGGGCCACCACCAGGCAAUGCAAUUUCAGCACCUUAUAACUCAUAUUGGGAAUGGCUGAGGGUUAUGGAAAUUACUAUACACAAGCAGGGUAUCAACUCGAAGCCGCAUAUAAAAUUUUAUGAAAAUCGGCCACACGGUGGCAGUAUAAUUAGCUGAUUUGCAUUUUUGCUCAUAACUCCGGAACCGUAUAGGCUACAAUACAAAGUCCACCAGUGCCCCGCAAUGAUAGGGUAACUUUAUUUUCCAUUUCCGCAAUAAACUUUUUUUUUCGAUUUCGAUUUAUUAGAAAAACCUACGUUUUCGAACUCGUCCUAGGCCGUUUGCCUGAUUAUCACGAAACUUGGUAUAUAUCAUCUACAGACUCUCCUGACAAAAAGUUAUCAAAAGAAUUUUGAUGCGUCUAAUUGUUUCAAAGAUAUAAGCAAAUAUGUUUUGGGCAUGGCCUAUAAUGACUAAUUGGCCUUUAUCUUGUAAAAAUUUGUUUACAUAGACAAGAGAACACUCUGAGGUAACAUGCCGAGUUUCAUUCAUUUUUUUAUGCCAGGGGGCGCUAUAACUUAAGAAAAUCCUAUUUUUGCAACCGUGCUCAAAGCAGGUGAAAUGUCACACCAAAAUAGCAGUCCACAGCAUCCAGAGGAUCUUUUCUGUCAAAUUUGUUUGUUUUGAUCAUCUCGCCAUAUGUGCUUGGCCCCCGACAAUAGUUGCUUGUGGCUAUAUUUUAUUAUUGUUAUUGUUCAUUCUAUGGAGAGAAGGGUUUGUCAAUGGCAUUCAUGUUUGACCUAUUGAACAGGUCUGAUGGAGUACGAACACAGCAGGAUGUUCAGGAGUGAAGGAGGUGUCCAACAGUUACUGCAUACCUUUGCUCAGGAAACAUAACAAUCUGUCCUCCUGUUGGCUGAAUUAGAGCAGGGUUAUGAAUACAGAUGCUGGACCUAUUGCCAAAUGUUAUCCAUGAUACAAUGUAAGAACAAAUUGCAAUGUUAUUCGUGUAUUUGAAUAUAUUUUAUGCCUUUUUAGUGAGAAUUGAGAACUGCUUGUUUUGUUGUUAAUGUUAUAUUAGUGAAGGCUGAAUUGAAUAUUUAUUGAAACCUUUCUGUAGUCUUAUGUUCUUGCUUUUUUCUUUUUCUAUGCAUCUUACUCUAUAUUAAUAGAAUUCUGAAAUUGUCUCAGAGGCUUUACUUAUGAUUGUUACAGUCCAGAUGUAUUUUGUAUUCUUAAUAUAUCAAUAUACAAAUUCAGUUAUUCUUACUAUAUCAAAAAUUACUACAUAUUGACUGAGUUUUUAUAAUCAUGGAUAUUGGGUAUCUGUAUAUAUAAAAAUAUGACUUUUAGUUGUUCUAACACACAAAUAUAAUUUUUCUUUAUAAUUAAUACAAA